AUGUCAGACACAUCAUAUAACCCAAAUAUUGUAAUGUUUUCUUUUUAAGUUCAUUUUUAAGGCAUGUUUUACUUAAUUCAGUACAGGCAAUCUUAUGGACUUCACAAAUACAGCUUGUCAAUAGGACGAUUCGUUUUGAAUUAAAUGAUUUAACAGCAGGUUUCUUAGUGACAUUGAGUCAAUCUAGCUGUCGUUCGUAUUUUUUAUUUUUUUUAAAGGCCUGUUCAAUGGUACAAGAGGUCGAAAACUUCUUUGGCGUGUACAUGCUAUACUGCCUGAACCCCAAGUUUAAAGGGCGAAUAUACAUCGGCUUCACCGUGAAUCCUGAACGCAGGAUUAGACAACACAAUGCCGGGCGGCACAAAGGAGGUGCGAAGAGGACCAGCGGGAGAGGACCAUGGGAGAUGGUCCUCAUCAUACAUGGCUUUCCUUCUGACAUUGCUGCCUUGACAUUUGAGUGGGCGUGGCAGAACCCCCACUCGUCCCGGCGUCUCGCCCACGUCACCCGCCGCGCCAGGAAGGAGUCCAGCCUGCAGUUCCACUGGCGCGUCGUCUCCAACAUGCUGCGCGUGGCCCCGUGGAGCAGGCUCCCGCUGACGGCCCGCUGGCUCAAGCCGGAGUACGGGGUGGCCUUUGAGCCCGGUCUGGGGCCCCCGCUUCACGUCUCCGUCGCCUUCGGAGGCGUCAGAGCCAAGAAGCUGCGGCCGGUAGACAAGUGCGACGACUGGGAGGAGACUUCUAGGUGUUUUCUCUGCAAGGGCCUGGUCAAGACUUCGGAACAGCUCCGCUGCGUCCACGCAUCGUGCGGAAUGCGCAGCCACGUGAUCUGCCUCGCCGAGCGGUUCCUGCGGCCCGAGUCGUCGCACCUCCUGCCCGUGGAGGGCCGGUGUCCGGUCUGCUUUCGCUCCGUGCUGUGGGGGAGCCUCAUCCGCCGGAAGCAAGGCUGCGCGAGCGACUUGGAGGAACCGACAUCGUCUGCAUCCCGCAAUUACUGGCCAAAGGAACCGCAGACAUGAAAGAAAUGGUCUCCCCGCUCGCCAUUUGCACCACGUUGCAUCGUACCUCUCUCUGAUUAUGAAUCAUCUUUUCCAACCAUGUUUAUAUGUUGUCAGUGCUGUUUACAACCCAAUAAAGUCUGCUUUAUUUCAUACCAGUGUAGUGCAGCUUCAAAGCCACAAUAUGUCCUCAUUCUUCAUCACGUUGCAACGCCUCCAACUUCCCGUUGGGGGCGCUCCCUUCCACUGCCUGCUGGGAAAUGUAACAUUUACCAGAGCCGAAAGUACCAAAUACUCACACCAGAGGGCAGCAGAGUGAGGCCAAAAGAACCCGGUGACAUUGUUGGAAGCAA